GUCAGCGUCGGCCGGAAGCGCCCGCAGCGCAUGGGGCGCGGAGCGGCGGAGCGGCCAGAUAACGGGUGGCAAUGGCUGCUGUAUAUUCUGGCAUUUCCCUUAAGCUUAAGAGCAAGACGACUUCCUGGGAAGAUAAACUAAAGCUUGCUCACUUUGCUUGGGUUUCCCACCAGUGCUUCCUUCCAAAUAAAGAACAAGUUUUACUUGAUUGGGCAAGACAGUCGUUGGUUGCAUUUUAUAAGAAAAAACUUGAACUGACGGAAGAUGUUGUUGAAAGGCUUUGGGCCUAUGUAGAUAACAUUCUACAUAGCAGAAAAUUGCAGAAUCUUUUCAAGAAUGGAAAGACAAUCAAUCUUCAGAUCUCCCUCGUCAAGAUCAUCAAUGAGAGAAUAGCUGAGUUCUCUCUUUCAGGAUCCCAAAGAAACAUCUCUGCUGUCCUGAGCAGCUGCCGGGGCAUCCUCUCGACGCCUGCCCUGGCUGUCAUCUAUACGGCCAAACAAGAACUGCUGGUGGCCUUGCUGAGCCAGCUGUGCUGGUCAGCCUGUAGGCAGCCAGAGGGAGCUGUGGCAGCCCCACUACUUGAGGUCAUUCACCUGGCCCUGGGCCACUACCUCUUGAUUCAGCAGCAGCAGGCCAACCCCAGACGUGUCUUUGGGGAAAUGACCGGGCACCUGCUCCAGCCCUGCCUGAUCCUGAGGCACCUUCUCUCUGGGGGUACAUGGACACAGGCUGGCCAGGGCCAGGUGCCCCAGGUGCUCAGCCGGGAAGUCAGGAGUAAGCUUGAGGCUGUGCUUCGAGGGGGAGUUUUUCAGCCUGAUAUGCUCUCUUCCUACACAGAGGAGCUCCUGGGCCAGCAGCAAAGAGACACAAAGAUCGGGACCCCAAAGAGUCUUCUCACUCCCCUGGACACAGUGGUGACCAGACUGCUGGAUGCUGGCCACUGUGAACUGCACCUUCAUGCCACCAUUGUGGCCACCUCGGUCGCUGUGUUGUACAGGCUCUUUCUGGAUUCUUACCUCAAGGAGGGAAACCAGUUUCUCUGCUUCCAGGCUCUCCCCAGGCUGUUUGGCUGCCUGCGAAUUUCACACCUUCAAGAGGAGCCAGGGAAAGCCAUGUCCAUACCAGAUUGGACCACAGAGCUUCUGGUAGUGGAGCAGCUGCUGAGCUCCGUGGCUAGCAGCAGCAUCUACAAUGUGGCCACUGACAGGAUCCGACAUGGGGAGGCGCAGUUCCACUUCUACCGCGGGGUGGCUGAGCUGUUGAUAAACCACCCACAAGCACCUGUGCCAGCCUGGUUCCGCUGCCUCAAGAUUUUGAUAUCUCUCAAUCAUUUGAUUUUGGAGCCAGAUCUGGAUGACCUGUUGUCUUCAGCUUGGAUUGAUGCAGAAGUAACAGAGUUUCGAACCAAAAAAGCCCAGGAGGUGCUUAUUCACACCCUCUUCCAGACAUAUGCCAAACUCCGACAGGUGCCACGGUUGUUUGAGGAGCUUUUGGGAGUGAUCUGCCGCCCAGCUGCAGAGGCACUGAGGCAGCCUGUGCUGGCUGCGGGCCCCUCUGCUGCACUCUGCGCAUGCCUCCUGGAACUGCCACCAAGUCAGGUCCUGGACAUGUGGUCCCUUGUGCUGGACAAGUUCCAGUCUUUAAUCCUACCCUGUUUGCAAAGUGAUGUUGACAUGGCUCUGAAGUCCUUGUCCCUCAGCUCACUGCUACACUGCGUCAUGUUCAACAUGCCCAGCCUGGACAGUAGCACACCCCUGCCUGUCAUCCGGCGGGCACAGUGUAUGAUGGAGAGGGUGCUGGGAGAGCUCGUGAAGCCCCUUCUGGCCUUUCUGCUGGACACCCCAGGCCCAGAGUCUGAGCUGUGGCUACAGAAGGUGAGUGACUCUGCACUCCUGCUCUCUUAUACCUGGGCCCAGGUGGAUGCCAUGCUCAGUUUGAACUGUGGCCAGUAUUGCUCUGUGGCUGGGACCCAGCUGGAGAUCUCCAACUAUCCUUCAUUACUCCCAGGUGUGGAAGCACGGCUUUGGAAGAAGGUCGAGAAGUUUACAGCCCAGUCCAGAUCUCUUGGUAGAUAUUGCUUGGAACAGCUCUACCUGCAGAGAAUGAGAAGGACACUAAUGCAGACUAGCUCCCAGUCCGAGCAAGUCCUCCAGACUUUGAGGUGUGAUGCUGCCUAUAUUCUUGGUUCUGGCAGGGGCAGCUUGAGUUUAAGGAUGACAGCUUCCUGGGACGGGCAGGUAGGAACAGUGAGUGCAUCUACAUAUCCUGCAGCACACUGGCAUUUGUUAGUGUCAAACCUCCCAAUAUUAAUACCCUACUUAUGUCUGGAUGACGUCAGAUACCUGGCCAGGGUCCUGUUAAGAACUUUGCCAACCAGCCAAGCCCAGGGAGCCUCUGCAGAUGAAGAGCCAUCCAUUACACUUGAGCGAGUGUCCACAUCCCUCCUUCACAGCCCUCUCUUUCCAGAGGUGCAGUCCCUCCAUUCUGCCUUCCUGAGGUGCGUAGCUACAAGGUGUUCCAGUAUUCUGUGCUCCGGUUCCCAGAGUGGCCCGGGUUCUCUCAGCCAGCAGUUACCCUGGCUUUUGGAAAAGGACCACACAGUUAUGGCUCACUGGGAAUCCAGAUUUGCAAAAGUUGGACCUGAAGGUGUAGAACCAAGAGGAGAAAUUGCCCAGAACUUUCUGUCCCUGCUCAAGAGUGACUUUCCGAUCCAGCUGGAGGAUGAACAGUUAGGAGACCUCCUGGGGCUUCUGAACAUUAUUUCUGCUCUGCACCUGGACAGCCUCUUGCCACCCCAUCAUCUGCAUUACUUUCUUUUGCUACUGACCAUGGCUGUCAGCACACAGGGGCGUUCCUGUUCCUCCCUGGCCCUCCAGUUCCUGACGACCUGCUACCAGCUUCUUGCUUGCCUGCAGAGGGGAAGGAAUGCCCGCUGUGUGUUCAGGGUCAUGUACGUCAGUGAUAUUUUUGAGAUUGUGCUAACCUCGUUGCUGCCAACCAGUGGUGGAUUCUGCCUUGAGGUGGAUGACCCCUCUUGGCUGCAGUUCCUCCAGGUGGUAGGGUCAUUCUUGGAGCAGCUAAUGCAGAUGCUCAUCCAGAGCAGACUGAGCUUGGUGCUCAAUUUUGGGAAAAUCACCACAUUCCUCUCAAGGUGUAAAUUGCACACUGAGGCAGCUUUCAGUGAGCAGUUGGAAAACCAGAGCCCUCUGGGCAGCCAGCUGCUUCUGGUGUGUCUAACCAAGUUGUGCCAAGUCCUGGGGCCUCUUGUCAAGGACCGGAGGCAGCUGCAGGAGGCACCAGCAUCACUGCCCGAGUUGCUGCAGCAGGCUAUGCUGCAGAUGGCCACUGGUCUGCAGCCAUGCUUGGUGCCAGGGACCAGGGGCCACUGCCUGCCCUCAGCCCUCCUCUCAGCUGUUGCCACACUUUUGGAAGUGGACCUAAGCCAGCACCCAGAUUGGGUUGGGAUUUCACAAGGGAUGGACAGAGUAGUGCCCACCAACGCUGCCCUCUACCAGAGUGUUUACUCCCGACUGCUGUUGGAGUUGCCAGCCCUGGCAAGGGACACUCUGUCUUUCCAGGCAGCUUUGCAGUUUCUAACUCUGUUCUUUUCGGCCCCUGCACUCCAUCCCCCAGAAGGACCUGUUUUUGUCUCCAUACUUCAUGCCGUGAGGACAGUUCUUGCAGAUCCUGCCAUCCCUGCUCUGGCUGCCCAGGACAUUGAGCCUCACUUGGGAGCCCUAUUCACCCAGAUGUUGGAGGCUGGGACGAUGGAGGACUUUGGGCUGGUGGUCCAGUCUGUUCUCCAGGGACUGGACAUCCGUCAUGUGUGGACGGCAGACAUGCAGGCUGUUUUGUGUGCUGUUGGAUUGCUCAAGCUGCUACUAAGCUGCCCGCUCAGUGGAGAGAAAGCGAGCCUGUUGUGGCGUGCAUGUCCCCAGAUAGUCUCGGCUCUGACGCUGCAAAGCCGAGAGGCUUGUCAGGAGCGGCCCGUGGUCCUCACAGUGGUUGAACCUGUUCUAGAUGUCCUGGCUCUCCUGCUGCGGCAGGGCGAGGAGGCCAUCAGCAACCCCCACCACGUCAACCUGGCCUUCAGUAUCCUGCUGACAGUCCCUCUGGAUCACCUGAGGCCACCAGAGUAUGGCAGAGUCUUCUUGGGGCUACACAAUGUGCUCUUCUCCAUCCUGCAGUGUCAUCCAAAGGUGGUGCUGAAGGCCAUCCCGUCUUUCCUGAACUCCUUCAACAGACUGGUGUUCUCAGUUAUGCAUGAAGGGCGGCAGAAAGACAAAGGAUGUGCGGAUGACCUGCCGGUGAUCCUGGAGUGUGCGCGCUUGGUGGAGCGCAUGUAUAGCCACAUUGCCGUGCGGUCCGAGGAGUUCACCACGUCGUCCCCCUUCCUAGUGGCCCAGUACGUGACGGAGGCGCAAAAGGUGACCUUGUACCCCGCUGUGAAGGACCUACUGCAGGAGGGCAUCUACCUCAUUCUGGACCUAUGCAUUGAGCCUGAUGUCCAGUUCCUCCGAACCUCACUACAGCCAGGGGCCAGAGACGUCUUUAAAGAACUGCAUAGUGACUACCUCCGGUACCACAAAGCCAAGAAUGAAGGAGAGAAGAGGUACACUGCCUAGGCCUCGCAACACAGUGACUACCUCAGGGACCACGAAGCCGAACAUGCAGGAGAUCAGAUAUACCACCUGGGCCACAUGGCACAGCGCCCUCGGAGAGCCUGGGCAGCAUAGCCUUGAAGCCUCAGCAGUGUGGAGGGUGAAGGCCCUGAAUGUCCUGGUGCCGUGUUGAUCUGUGGAAACUCUGUAUUUUUACAUCAUGUUUUUUUAAAUAUAUCUUCUGUGUGGUUCA